AUGAUAAACUUCAGGAGCAUCGGGGAGGUCUUCCUCGACAAGCUAACAGCACCGGUUGUGCUGGACACGUACACGGCGUUCGUCAACAACUGGCCCACAGCGCGGGAGGCGCUGCGGCGCGCCUGUCAACUUAAGCCCGGACUGGCCAAGUUUCUGGAGAGCUUGGAGCGCUCAACAAACGGAAGCUCACAACUGGUGAAUCACACACCACCCGAACAUCCGGACCUGGGCGCGCUGCGCUCGGCGCUCAGCGAGGUCCACCAGCUGGCCUCGCGCAUCAACAGCCUGGAGCAGGAGACCAUGCAGAACGAGGCACUACAGCAGAUGCUGCGCGAGGUGGAGGCGGCCGUGGACGGGCUGGACGGUCUGGUGAUGCCCGAUAGGAUAUUGAUUCGUCACGACCAGGUGACCAUGACGACUACUCUGGGCACCAAGAAGGAGCGCUGCCUCUUUCUCUUCAACGAUCUGCUUGUGAUCGCCAGCAUCAAGCGGCGGGCGGGAGCCACCCGCAAGCCCUCCACAGCACUGGCUGACGGCUCGGUCACGGGCCUGGAGGCCAACAAGUACAAACUGCUCAUGAAGAUUCCUCUGGCCGAUCUGAACAUUGCGCGCUCCAAAGACGAGAAUCUGAGUUCGCUUCUGAAGGAGGUAGAAAAGAUUGAAGAGGACAUUGCAACCCUGCGUCAGAUCGGGGUGAUGGUCUGCAAACUGCACUGUAAUCACUAUCAGGUGGAGGAGCUUGUGAAGGAGAUGGCGAACGUGCUAAAUAAGCAGCUGUCUGAGCGACACCGCGCGGAUAGCCAGCUGAUGCUAUUGCAGCUCAACGUGGCCACCCAGGAGGGGAUUGAAAACAUCUCGAUGAACUUCUUUGAAGUGGAAAAACGAACGGCUUGGGAGCAGAUCUUCAACGAGACUAAGCAGAAACUAGCGCUGUCGGCCGACCGGCGGGCCGUGCCUGAAUUCCUGUACCCGCUGCCGAUCCGCAAGACCCGGGCCGGCCUGCAGUUCACGUGCGCUGCGGCCACACUCAGCGCCAGCCCGCAGCACCGCAGCGACGUCUGGGUCUGCAACAGUGACGGCUACGUCGGCCAGAUCUGCGUACUGAGCCUGCGACCUGAGCCCACCGUUACCUCCUGCAACGGCGUGUGCAACUCACGCAUCCUCUGCAUAGCGCCCGUGCCCAGUGCGCCGGCCAGGCAGAGCGAAUCGGAGGCGCGCGCUGGGGUGUCGCCGGUCCCUGAUGCCUCCGCCCAGACUGCGAGCCUGGAAGAGAAGGCUGGCACCAAUAUCGACCUGGACAGCUCGACCGACUCGUCCGACUCGGACGACUCCCGGCCGGACGAGGGUCGGUCGGCUGCUGAUGAGGCCCGCCUCCAGGACCAGCCCACCAUGUGGCUCGGCACCGAGGACGGCUGCGUGUACGUCUACAACUGUGCCGACUACGUGCGCAUUAAGAAGACCAAAGUAAAGGUGCAGCUGGGCUCGGCAGCGCACGCCAUCGUCCAUCUGGACGGCCGCGUCUUCGUGGCGCUCGCCAACGGCACUGUGUCUGCCUAUAGACGCACCGAAGGAAGUAACUGGGACAUGCAGUGCCCGGAAGUGAUCCAGGUGUCCUCAAGUCCAGUCAACCGGCUGGUGGUGGUGGCAGGAAAGCUGUGGGCCUGCUCGCAGAACCGGAUACGUAUCAUCGACCCGGCCACGAAUGUCAUAGAGAAAACGGUGGUGGUGAACAGCGACAGCCAGGCGACCAUCCAGUCUCUGGUGCCGUCCGGCCUGGGUGUGUGGCUUAGCUUCCACAACCUGGGCACGGUGCGGCUGUUCCACACCAUGACGUUCGAGAUGAUCUGCGAGGUGGACGUCACUGCGGCCGUCACCCGCAUGCUGUCAGGCUGUGACGACAUCAUCCGGCAGCACAAGACGGCGUGCCUGCGCGUCACGGCACUCAUGGUGUGCAAGGAGCUGCUGUGGAUCGGCACGUCGGCGGGCGUGAUCCUGAACCUGCCGCUGCCGCCGCUGACGGCCUCCACCAGCUGGCUCACCAACACGCUGAGCAUCGCCGGGAUCUCGCACGGCCACACGGGCCACGUGCGUUUCCUGGCAUCGGUCGAGUCCGUGGUGGAGGUGGCGGCACCAGCCCGCUACCGACACGCCCGGAGCGCUGUCAAGGCCAAGGACAAGCUGCCGCACAAGGCUGCUGCCGGAAAGGUGCUGGUCAUCUCCGGCGGCGACGGAUACGAGGACUUCCGGUCAUCCGGCUCGGAGCUCUCUGGUCGAGACGACUCCACCAAUCACCUGCUGCUGUGGCGGGUGUGAGCGCGCCAGCUGGCGAAUGUUGUCAGACGCGUGCCAGCCCCACCGCCCGGGGCAAGAUGUGUGGUGAAAGGUCAGCCGGUCUGACCCCAGAACGCUUUACAGUGGUCGCAACGACCGCAGACAACGCGGAAAUGCUGAACUCUUGUUAAACGCGCAAUGUUGGUGAAGCCAUGGCAUGCCUGUCACGUGAUCCGUUGGCUAGUAUCAUCGCCUAACCAGCUCUGAAUGAAA